GCCACAACUACCAAACUGAAAAAAAAAGUAUACCCACCAAAAGGAUGAUAAAAAAUGGAGAGUUUUGCUGUUCCUGAGCCUAAGAACCUAAGCAGGAACAAACUCACUCCAUUAAAGUAUGGAGAGUUACUCUUUGCAAUCGUCAGCUAUAACUACCAUACCCACCUCUUUAACUAAAAGCGGGUUCCUUCACAAAACUUUUCUACAUGGUCAGCUCAUUAGAUUCUCAAGUUUCAGUAAGUACCCACAUGCUAGAAAGAUUAGAACUUUCGACAUCAAAGCUCAAGCUUCAGGGGUUACCAAAUUCAGCUCAGGGGCAAUCGAGGCAAUUCCAAAAGAAACAGACAUAAAAGAUGAUAAUCUUGCAUUUGUUGCUGGUGCCACUGGCAGAGUUGGCUCGCGAACAGUGAGGGAGCUUCUCAAACUUGGUUUUCAAGUUAGAGCUGGUGUCAGGAGUGCUCAGAGAGCACAAACUCUUGUGCAGAGCGUCAAGCAAAUGAAGCUUGAUGGUGAAGGAGCUCAGCCAAUAGAGAAGUUUGAAAUCAUAGAAUGUGAUUUAGACAAACCAAAUGAGAUUGGAGCAGCAUUAGGCAAUGCAUCUAUUGUUAUAUGCUGUAUAGGAGCUGGUGAGAAGGAGGUGUUUGACUUCACAGGACCUUAUCGUAUUGAUUAUCAGGCUACCAGAAACCUUAUUGAUGCAGCAACUGUCGCAAAAGUUAAACAUUUUAUCAUGGUUUCAUCAUUGGGAACAAACAAGGUUGGAUUUCCUGCAGCUAUCUUGAAUUUGUUUUGGGGAGUUCUAUUUUGGAAGAGAAAAGCAGAGGAGGCACUGAUAGCCAGUGGUAUCCCUUACACUAUAGUAAGACCUGGAGGAAUGGAACGGCCCACCGAUGCUUACAAAGAAACACAUAAUAUUACCCUAUCAGAGGAAGACACUUUAUUUGGUGGCCAGGUGUCAAAUCUUCAGGUGGCUGAACUCAUGGCAGUUAUGGCUAAAAAUCUUGAUCUUUCAUACUGUAAAGUGGUGGAGGUAAUUGCAGAGACAACUGCACCACUCACUCCCAUGGAUAAGCUUCUCACGAGAAUACCUUCUCAACGCAUCAAACCAAAGUGUCCUACUCAGGAACCAGCUGCGGCAGAGGGACCUGAGCCUGCACCAUCGACGAAAGUUGUACCUGAGGCUUCAGAGCCAACCUCUGCCAUUGAGAAGGAACCUGAACAGCCAAAAGCUACGGUGUCAAGGCCACUCUCUCCAUAUACUGCCUAUGAUGAUUUGAAACCACCUACUUCUCCUAUUCCAAUCCGACCUAGUGGUGGAAAUCAAAGCAGCAGUCCUGUAGAUGCUGUGGCAAAGCCUGAUACUAUAGAUGCUCAAACAAGCUCAUCAGGUUUGGCAUCCGCAAUUCCCGAGUCAAAACCAGCCACAGUUGAAGCAAAGAUAGCAGGUCCUCUUUCUCCUUAUGCAGCCUAUCCGGAUCUGAAGCCACCUACCUCUCCAAGCCCAAAACCAAGUGGUUCUAAGGAAAUACCUUCUGGUGCAUCAUCAACAGAAAAAGUUGAAUCCUCAGCCACUGGAGACAAUGAUGUAGCAACAAUAACAGCUAACAACGAUGCUGAGAAUCCUCCCCCAGAAUUUUCUUCUGGUCAUUCACCCUUCCUUGUAUAUGAUGAUCUCAAACCCCCAACUUCGCCAUCUCCUAUUGCACCAGUAGGAUCAGUUCCACCAUCUUCCACGAAUGAAGUGCCUAAGGCGGGCAACAGCGCUCCUCCAACAGCACCAGUGGAGAAGCAGCAGAAUGCAGAACCGAAGCCAAGGCCACUUUCGCCUUAUACCAUGUACGAAGACAUGAAGCCUCCAACUUCUCCAUCACCGGCUGGAAAUUAAAUUGAAAGAAUUCCUAGCCUAAAGAACAAACAGAGAGAAACAUAAUAUAUUUGAGCGCCAAAAGUGCCAAUCAUAACAUUGCUUUAGGGAAUUUGCUCAGCAUCUCUCCAUGUAAACGUAUGAAGAGGGCUAGCAGCUGAACAUCUUGCGGGAGUCUGUUCUCAUGAAUAUUGCUUGCUAUUUUAGAUUUAAACAGUUAGUUUUUUGUUGUUCUAUUUAUUUCACUUUAGUGAUUUAUUCAAUGGCAGUUCUUGACCAUAAUGGUGCAACACGGAAGAUGCAAACCAGAACAUAUAUUUGAAUAAAACAUGUAAGGAUGGUGAAUUUUAUCUUCUUUCUGGUCCAUAGAUAACACUGCUGCUAGACCCCCAACAACUUGUAAAGUUUGCAUUUAUGUUAUUCAUUGUAUGAGAUUUUGUUUUAACUUCCAUUACUCAAUGUUUGUAUGUUUCAACAUCAUAUAUUCUUGUAAUAAAUUUGUUGAUUAA